CCUUGCGUACCCUGCCUAUUGGAUUAUUCAUUGUGAACUACUGCGCAUGCUCGGUUGGUCUGACAGAAAGUAAAAGGACUCGACAGAAGUAGCUUAGAUCAGCCGAAAUGGUGGCAUCAAAAAAGCAGAAAAAGGCGAUGGAGAGUAUUAACUCUCGACUAGCAUUGGUGAUGAAAAGUGGCAAGUACAAACUAGGAUACAGAGAAACGCUCAAGACGUUGCGUCAGGGCAAGGCGAAGCUCGUCAUUCUGGCCAACAAUUGUCCGCCAUUGCGAAAGAGCGAGAUAGAGUACUAUGCGAUGCUGGCCAAGACGGGCGUUCAUCACUACACGGGCAACAACAUCGAGUUGGGAACGGCGUGCGGCAAGUACUUCCGGGUGUGCACUCUGAGCAUCACUGAUCCGGGAGAUUCCGACAUCAUCCGGACCAUGCCAUCCGAACAGGCGGCAGAGAAGGCGUCAUGAACUGAACCGUUGGCGUGUUGUAAUGCGCUCUGCAAAUGUAGGUUUAAAGAAUGUUUACAUAUUGGUAUUGGAAUCGUCAGUCUUCUGAUUGAACGAACGCAUAUUCGACUCUGAA